AUGGAACCUCUGACACGGCUUACUUCCAGAUUGCACUUUGUUUGCUUACAAGUUACAACAACCAACAAUCCAUGUACCGACAUGCGCGAGUCAGGGUUGCAGCCCCAAGGACAUGUUCUGUUGGAUGAAUAUUCAAAGGGUGGGGAUGCUGUCUCAAAGCUCAAGAUGACAUCUAGGGUUUUCGAGCUCGUGAGUCGUGACCCAGGAACCUCGUCACACUUCAUCUCGAUAAUACAAUCGUGGACGAAGGAGACUGGUGGAACGAGCACCUUGCCAGUCUCGAAGUUGGCCAUGUUUCCUCCCAGCCAACAUUUUCAUAUUGUCAAUCCGCCUCGAAUUUAA